GACGGCAACCCAGUCAUUAUCUGCAAAGCACGUCUUGGUGGUCGAUAACGACACACUCUGUUCGACACGGAAGCCGGCGGUGAAGCGGAUGGUCAUCGUCUUGGUCUCGGUUUGGCCUAUGGAGCAGACGCCGUUGCCGCAGUCUAUUGAUUCCUGGUUGUUUUCCUGCUGUUAGCAUUGCUUGAGAGAAGGCUAUGGAUUAGAAACCUACAGUCACUGGAUAUUCUGUGCCGUUUGGUGAGGAUCGCCAUCGCCCUCCUGGAUGGUGGUCGGUGUCCAGUGGGAACACGGAUUAUACUGACGCUUGGGAAUGUUGUUCGGUCCCACCAUGGGUCUCCAACUCGAGACCCGAAUUGUUGCUCAAAACAUUGCACGGUCAGGCGAAGGCAGGACUUGGGUAAAAGAUCAAUAUUCCAUCUACGCGCGAGACAGCUUGGCCAAAAGACCAUUUCUAUCUAAUCGAAGAAGGUGCUCGAUAUUGAAGGUUAUGGAUGGGAAGGUACUCCUUCUUCUAACUCUUGGCGGAAGUUCUUCUCCAACUUUCUUAGGAUUCUUAGGAUCUUUGGGAUCUUUGGGAUACUUAUCUUUUGGGAGAGUCCGGGGACUGAAUUCAAUACCGUACAGGUCUCCCCAAAUAGUGAGCACCGUGCGUACUGUCAUGGCCCAGUGUCAUGACAUUCCAAGAGUGCAUUGUCACGUGCCUGCGUGCCGCUUUCGCGGCACGCAUGCCUUGGCAUUAGGUACGGUGGCCCAAGUGCGUCUUAGGCCCAAUUAAAAAAGUUUGGUUGAAAAAUGGCCCGUGUCAGCUGCAGGCACUAGGUACGCGCCAAAGGGUGUCAUUCGAACUCCA